UUGGUUCAGUUUUCCCUCGUCUGUCGGUGGUUCCGCAUCGGUUUGGGUUUUGAAGCUGCGUGACGUGUGGUCGGGUUUUUGGGUGUUAAAAGUGUGCGCUUGGUGUUCCACUGUUGUUGUUCUAGUUUGUUAUGCAGAAUUAUCUAAUGAGUGCUUUCUGGUUGGAAGGAUUUUUGUGCUCUGGAGCUGCCUUGUUGUGACGGUUGCAUUCUCGGAUGAGAAGGUGAAGAAAUCGGUGGAAGAAGUGUUGGUUGAAGCAAGUGUGCGAGCGGUUCGAGAAUCAAUUCCGGUGGAACUUCUCAAAUUAAUUUUGGGGCUACUCAGCUGCUAAUAGGAUUACUCGGGUACUGGAAUGCACCUGUUGCAGCUAUAGGAAACCUUGCUGUAGAUCGAAGUUUGUAGGUGAUAAUGGAGGUGAUUUUUGCUGUUGCUUUGCCGUUGAAUCUCCUGAGUGUUAUUUUUAUUAGUGAUGAUGUUAUUCUCAGCCGUAGUAUCCCAAGAAGGAUGCAAUUAAAUUGAGAUGUGACAACACCCGGUUGAAUCAACUUGGUUUGCUUUCGUGCCGAUUGUUGCGUCAUUAUCGACGACUUACCGAGGAGGAAGGAAGAAAACACGUCAGUGCAUUGAUCGUAAAUAUAAAUAACUUUUGACACGAUAGAAAAUGCUCGGCAUUGUCACGAUAUCAACGAUUCUCCAGCCCUUUACCGACCUGCUGUGGUCAGUGUCAUGGUGCUAAAGUAAUAAAAAUCAAAUUGUGGUGUGAUGUGAUGGUCAUCCGUGCGGUUGAAAACCCGUUAAAACAGUGAAUUGUAAUACAGAAGGAACGAAAAAUUUUAUAAAUACCACACGCAACAUUUUACUGGAAGACUGACAGUGAGAGAGGAGACCAAUUAAAAACAUCCCGUCGUUAAAAUCAACGCAUUCAUCAAAUGCUGCUGCAAGAGGUUCAUACAUUCUCUAGCACUCAACAUGAAAACAACAAACAAAUAGUUGAAACAACUACAAAAAAGGAAAAAUUAACAUUUAAACAUUUAAAGAUGAAGCGUUCGGAAUUUGAGACUGUUCGGAAUAUGAGACAAAACGUUCUCCGCACUGACGGAUACAAUGCCCUCAUUCGAAAGCAGCGAAUCACGUCUCGGGUUACGAAAAUCGUAUCACCAUCGCACCAUCAGCCACAUCCUAAAUGUUAAGCUACUUUCGUACAAAAAAGCAUGAAUUGCGAAUAAAAACACAUUCAACGCGAGGAAACGAUUAGGAUCGAAAUAGGAAGUAGCCGCAAAGUGUGGGAUCCUGUCCCAACUGUAUAGAAUAGCUCAAGAUGACGUCCUCGACCACUACGACCGAUGCGACAGUGGACUUUUUCGCUCAAAGACAGCUCGAAUGUUUGGAAACGCUCAACGAAACAACGGUCGAGUCCUCGCCUCGUUCCGGACUCUUCUGUCGGGGGACGUGGGACGGCUGGUUAUGCUGGCCGGACACCGCAGCCGGAACGUCUGCAUACGCCCUCUGUCCGGAAUUCAUCUCAGGAUUCGACCCAAAAAGAUUUGCACACAAAGUUUGUGACGAAAACGGCGAUUGGUUCCGGCAUCCGCUGACGAACAAAACUUGGUCCAAUUACACAACCUGCAUCAAUUUUGAUGAUUUUGAGUGGCGACAGCAAGUCAGAACAAUAUACGAAACGGGAUAUUCCGUCUCACUGAUUGCGCUUAUCUUAUCACUCGCUCUAUUAAGCUACUUUAGGUCCCUCAAAUGCGCACGGAUAACGCUUCACAUGAACCUGUUUGCGUCGUUCGCAGUGAACAACACCCUCUGGUUGUUGUGGUAUCGGAUGGUGCUGGCUGAUCCGGAGGUGCUGCGGAAUAAUGGGGCACCUUGCAUUGGUUUGCACCUGGUGCUGCAUUACUUUCUGCUCACAAACUACGCCUGGAUGCUGUGCGAAGGGUUCUAUCUCCAUACGGUGCUCGUGUCGGCGUUCGUCUCGGAGAAAAAGCUGGUCAAGUGGCUGGUUGUGCUCGGCUGGACCGCCCCCGGGAUUGUAAUCAUCGUGUAUGGAUUCUUGCGAGCCUACGUGAGCCGAGCGGAGGAUACGAUAGAAUGCUGGAUGAAUGAAAGUGUGUACGUGAACAUCCUGGUUGCUCCGGUAUGCAUCUCGAUGUUGCUCAACUUGCUGUUCAUGUGCAACAUCAUUCGGGUAGUGCUGCUAAAGCUAAAGGCUCCCGCUGGGCCUCAGGGAACCGGUCCAUCAAGGACGAUUCUGCAAGCUUUCAGAGCUACCCUGUUACUCGUUCCGCUGCUUGGCCUACAGUACAUGCUAACCCCUUUCCGGCCGGAUCCGGGUCAUCCUUACGAGCGCACGUACGAGACCUUAUCGGCUUUUACAGCUUCCUUCCAGGGCCUGUUUGUGGCGGUACUGUUCUGCUUCUUCAACGGGGAGGUAAUCGCACAAGUCAAACGAAAAUGGCGUACCGUUUUUCUGCGGACGCGAGCCAAUUCCUACACCGCAACGCAAGUGUCCUCGCUUCGCUUGCAGUUCGUUCGCUGUGGUCCCCCCGUCCCGGGCGAGGAAAAGGUCUGACUGAAGGAGUACACAAGCGGUGGCGGCGGCAGCUGCAGCAGAAGGCAGCAGCGAUCUCGCAACGGCACAGAAUCAACCUCCCCAAACGAUCGAAGUCCCUCAAACAACGCAACAAUGACAGCAACGGCUACAGAACCAAAUAUCGGCACCGGCAGUGGUCUGGCAGAAACGAGGCUCACAUCCGACGAACUUUUGGUGGCAUUGAACAGAGAAAUAUCCAAACGGAACGGGACCAGCAGCAGUGCAUGGCGUAGAAGUUCGGUAGAUCUCAGACACAUGAAGCUGCCACUGCUAGAAGCACAACACCAGCGACACGGGACUGCGGCAAAAUGGGACGACGGGGUGUGUGCCGACCUACGAGAGCAACCCCCGAGCAAACCUGCCCCGGCGGACGAGGUUCUGUGAAUAAGUUAGGCCGAAUUAAACCAAACGAAUUUGAAACGAAAUUUAGUAAAUAUUACGGUAGAUAUUUUGUACUUAAACAGUAUUUAGAGAACUAUGUUAGAUUGUGUAUGAUAUUAACAAUAACCACUCAAUGCGAUGUUUUGAGAUGUUUAUAAGCGCUUCAAGUAACUGUAGUGACACUAUGCCUGAUCAAACGUCAAUGUGAUAAUGUUUCUUGAGUAGAUUUAUUGCACUCUUG